UCGAUGAUUAAAAUGAUCGAAGUCAUUAACUUUCAAUUGUCAGACAUCUUUUAAACAUGCUUAAAAUUAUUUGAGUCAAACUUUUUCAUCUGUAAUUUGUAAGCUACUCAACAUAUACUACAUUGAACUAAAAUUAAAAAUAUGAGACACACAAAGCAAAGUGACACUUAAAAACAACUAGAGUUUAGAAGGGUAAGGGAAAAAAUAUUGUUGUAUAAAUAUACCUUGUCAUAGCAUUGAAAAACACUAAUUUCUUGAAUUUCCAUGUACCAUUUUGCUCUGGGUAUGAUGGGUAGCGAAGUUUGCCGGCUGGUCCCAUCCCAACUUGGAUUUCCUAGAUAGUCGCAGUGAUAGAAUUUCAUGUAAUAAACUAUACAUAACAUUAAGUCAUUAUGAGCCAGAUUGAUUUCAAAGAUUGCAUAGAAUAUAAUUGAAUUUAUGGCAGCAAAAUCAGAAAUGGACAAAGAGAAGAAUUUUUUUUGUUGCAACAAAUCAACCUAUACCUCUUUAAGUGUAUCUUUGGAGUAGAGUCGACAAUUUCGAAAAAGAAGAUGAUUUUGUGACGAUGGCGAAUGACUGAGACGUACACAAGAGGAAAGAAGAAAAUGUUGGAGGAAGUCAUUAAAAAAAAUUAGGGAUUAGAGGAAUUAAAAGAGGAAAAAAUUAUUUAGAAACUAAGUACAAAAAAAUGAGAUGAGAUAUGUUUGCACAUGUGGAAGAAAUACUAUGAAGUGGCCGGGGAGUCUCUUUUAAAUAUAUACAAUAAUAGAUAGUGCAACCAAUGGAUACAAUACUUGAAGUCCCUAGAAGUGUAUAUUCUUUAACCAAGGCCACAAAAUAGACGUGCAUGAAUAGUAAUCAUCAACAAUACAACCUUCUUCAAAAUAUUCAAGAUUGAACAAUUUGUAGCAUUGAACAUAUUUUCUUGAAAAUUAAGCAUUGUUUCAAAGCUCUAGCAAAAAUCAUAUGUCAGCCACCAAUUGUUCCUCUUCUUCAAUUGCAACAAAUGGUUGAUGAUUCAAAAUUCAUAAUGUUAAAGUUUUAUCAGAUGCAUAUAUAUGUUUGACAUUUUAGCAAAAAAAAAUUACCUAAGUGGAAUUUCAACAAAAGCUCUCGGUAAAACAAAGUGAUUCAAAAAAAUUGUCUUGAAUGAAGAAUUCUAAGAGAACAACGUGAAGAUCAAUGAUAAAGGUAAGGAAUUCAGGAGAACAAAAAAUUAUUAAAUGGAGAACUUGUGGUUGAAAAUGGCGAUUGUUUUCUUAAUUUUUGUCAUUUGAAAAAAUUAGAUGGAAUAGUCUUAGUCUCUUAAGAUGUGAAAUGAGAUAAAAAGAAGAACAAAAUUCUACAUAGUUGAAAGGAAUCACUUUAGCUAUUCUCAUAGUAAAAGAGUAAAAGAGAGAGAGAAACAAAGCAUUAACAUUAGAUGGAAAACAAAAAUGUGGCUACUCUCUCACAAGUAAAAAGAACUAACUUGUAAUUCCCAAAGGUAGCCAAUGUGGCCAUUCUGCACAACUGCCAUAAAGUCGGUAACUAAUAAGUCGCAGUUAUAUUUGCAGUUGGGUUUAGUUAUUUAAUGUGCUUUUUAAAUAAUUGAAACCGAUCCAAAUAUAACCAUGUGAAACUUAACAAAAAAAUCCGCAAAUCCGUGGAUCUGAAGAUAUCUGCUCAUAGCUUGUUGGAUUUCUCGGUUUUCUCCGUUUGUCGCUUGGGUUCUUAUUUUUGUCAACCCUUAGUCAUAUCCAUUGAAAAAACCUCAUGUUGGAUAUGUCUAAGUUAAUAAAGAUGACUUCUUUAUUUAUGGGUAUUCAACUUGAUUAAAACCUUUGUUGGAAUUUAAUCAGAAGAUAGUUUAAUGAGUGUGCCUAAAAAUGCAUCAUGACCAUGGUGCAUACUAAUCAACUAUUUAUGUAAUUAAUAAUAUUGAAGUUAAAAAAUGUUUCACUAGUUGAAGUAAAAGCUCAUGAUGAUUAAACCUCACUUGUAAGAUUACAUUCUUGUUUGAUUCAUAUCACAUAACCUCUCAAAUUUAUCAUAGUUAAAGAAUAGUUCAUUUUUUCAAUGAGAUCAGUCACAUCAUUUUUUUUUCAUGAUUAGAUGAGUCACAUCUAAUAUAGAACACAUAAACGCAUUUCAUUACCAAUUCCAAGCCAAAUUAAUUCAUGUUCUUGACAUGUUGUUAUUACAAAUCACAAUGGUUGAAUUAAAAGGAUAUGUAAUGUAAGAACAACAUUCAUGCCUUUCAUAAACUAAAAACUUGCCAUGAAAAGUAUGUGGCCAACCAACUAAAUUCCUGCUUCCAUUAUGUAGGCAUGUUCUUGGUAUGAUGCAGUUGACUCAUGACAUGUAAACUCUAUUAUUAGUUCAAUAGUUUCAACGUUUUGAUCUCAUUAACAUCACUGAUCAUGGAAAAUGAGAGGGAGGAUGAGAUUGAGGACAACAUGUCAAUGUCACCUCCAUCUGUUGGUUCCAUGCAGAUUGCAGGAAGCAAUGGAUUUGGUCACAGCAUGGAGUUCAUGUCUCAAGCAUACCUUCCCAAUAGGUACUCAGAGAUUGACAUACAAGUUAAGGAUUCUAGUUCCAACCAAGAUCCUCCUCUUCCUGUGUAUCUCAAGUUUGAAGAUGUAGAGUUUAAAGUGAGAAAUAGUCAAACAGCUUCCAAAAACCCUGUGAAGACAAUGGUGUCAAAGGUAUCCACACAACACCAUGUUGAAGAAAACAAAUACAAGAAGAUUUUAAAGGGUAUCACAGGAAGCAUUGGCCCUGGAGAAAUUCUUGCUUUGAUGGGUCCUUCUGGUAGUGGAAAAACAACAUUGUUGAGAGUUGUAGGAGGAAGAUUACUUGAUAAUGUAAAGGGAAAGAUAACUUACAAUGAUGUUCCAUAUAGUCCUGUUCUAAAGAGGAGGAUUGGAUUUGUAACACAAGAGGAUGUGCUUUUCCCUCAACUUACAGUAGAAGAAACAUUAAUCUUCUCUGCAUUCUUAAGACUCCCAACAAACAUGAGCAAGCAACAAAAAUAUGCAAGAGUUGAGACCACUGUCAAGGAGUUAGGCCUAGAAAGAUGUCGCCACACGAAAAUAGGUGGAGGAUUUCUAAAAGGCAUAUCAGGAGGAGAAAGGAAGAGAACCAGCAUAGGUUAUGAAAUUCUUGUUGAUCCUUCACUGCUUCUACUUGAUGAGCCAACAUCAGGUCUUGAUUCCACCUCAGCAAACAGACUUCUUCUCACUCUUCAAGGACUAGCCAAGGCUGGUAGAACUAUAAUCACAACAAUUCACCAGCCAUCCAGCAGAAUCUUUCACAUGUUUGACAAACUUCUUCUGAUAUCAGAAGGCUAUCCUGUUUAUUAUGGGAAAGCUAGAGACACAAUGGAGUACUUUUCAUCCUUAAGGUUCAUUCCAGAAAUACCGAUGAAUCCUGCAGAAUUCUUGCUUGACUUGGCAACUGGACAAGUGAAUGAUAUAGGUGUUCCACAAGAUAUUUUGAAAGAUCAAGAGUCUAUUGACCCUUCAAUAGCUAUUAUUAAGUAUGUACAACUCAAGUAUAAAGACAUACUUGAGCCAAAAGAAAAAGAAGAGAAUCAUGGAGGAGCAAAUACUGCACCAAAACAUCUUCAACUAGCUAUUCAGGUUAAAAAGGAAUGGACAUUGAGUUGGUUAGACCAAUUCAUUAUUCUUUAUAAGAGAACAUUCAGAGCAAGAUGCAAAGACUAUUUUGAUAUACUAAGAUUGGUUCAAGCACUUGGAAUUGCAGUUUUGUUGGGGCUACUUUGGUGGAAAUCUUCAAUCAAUACUGAGGCUCAACUCAGAGAUCAGGUUGGUUUAAUGUUCUAUAUAUGUAUAUUUUGGACAUCUUCAUGUAUUUUUGGAGCAGUCUAUGUGUUUCCAUUUGAAAAAGUCUACUUAAUAAAAGAAAGGAAAGCAGACAUGUAUAGACUUAGUGUAUACUAUGCAAGCAGCACUCUAUGUGACAUGGUGGCACAUGUUUUCUAUCCAACUUUUUUCAUGCUCAUUGUGUACUUCAUGGCUGGAUUUAAGAGCACUGUGGCUUGCUUCUUCCUUACGCUAUUCGCAGUUUUGCUAAUAGCUAUAACAAGUCAAGGGGCAGGAGAACUAUUUGGAGCUGCAGUUAUGAGCAUUCAAAGAGCAGGAAUGGUUGCUUCUUUGAUACUAAUGUUAUUCCUUCUAACAGGUGGCUACUAUGUCCAGCACAUACCAAAGUUCAUGCAAUGGUUGAAGUAUAUGUCAUUCAUGUACUAUGGAUUCAGGCUACUUCUAAAAGUGCAAUAUUCAGGAGAUCAAUUAUAUGAGUGUGAAAGUGAGGAAGGGUGUAGAACCCUUCAAAGUUCACCUUCAUUUGAUACUGUAAACUUGAAAGGAGGCUUAAGUGAAGUUUGGGUUCUAAUAGCAAUGGCUCUUUGUUUUCGGUUGCUUGCUUACUUCUGUCUCCGCAGAAGAAUUGAUAUAUGCAAUUAGUCUUUUCAUCAAAUCAAAACUUCUUGUUUAAGAUCUUUCUUCAAUAAUUGACAUACGUAGAAUUAUUAUUCUCUGUAUAAUGUUGAUAAAAAAAUCAAAUGAGACAUUACAAAUAAACUAGCAUUUAGAGUGUCA